ACAGCACCUAUUUCAUUCAAAUCAUACUGAUAGACCAAACGGAAUAUCCAUACUAGGCAAUUUCAAGACGCCGUUCGAGCAUGGGCCUGAUAGAAAUGUUAACUAAAGUCAAAGAUCGAGCCGAAAACUUCUUAAAUGAGAAAAAUAUUGUUACAGACUGCCUUGGGAAACUAGAAGAGAAAACAGGAAUUAAGAAAAAGAUAAUAGCAUUGGGUACUGUAUCUCUAACGGGACUUUAUCUGGUGUAUGGAUAUGGAGCUGCCCUUCUAUGUAACAUGAUUGGUUUUGUGUAUCCUGCAUAUUACUCAAUUAAAGCCAUUGAAAGCGAAAACAAAGAGGAUGACACAAAAUGGUUGACGUAUUGGGUGGUCUACGGAAUCUUCAGUCUGGGAGAAUUCUUCUCAGAUAUUUUCCUCUACUGGUUCCCAUUUUACUAUGCCUUCAAGUGCUUGUUCUUGUUGUGGUGCAUGGCCCCAGUAACAUGGAACGGGUCUCAGAUUCUGUACAACCGUGUAGUAAGACCUAUCUUCCUGCGCCACGAGGCCACAGUGGACAGCAUGGUCAGCGACCUGAGUGGAAAGGCCAGGAAUGCAGCAGAAACCGUAACCAGAGAAGUCCUUCAAACACUGGUGAAAAACAAGACUCUGUCUGCAGCACAGAUGCAAACUGCCAAAGGCCUACCCAGCACAGAUACAUCAACUGAGCCCAGCGUAGAUUAAUGGCCAACAGGGACAACAGGGACAACAUGUACACUGACGGUAAUGAAGGAAAUAAAUAAAUAAAGCAAAAGCAGAAUUCCGGAUUCACUUGAAGAACUUCUACUGAUAAACGCCUGAAGAAUCUGCUGGAACAGAUACACCAUGAAUGCUUGUACAAAAAUACUAGCAAUAAAUUAUAGUAGAAAUGUGGACUGUAAUUUGAAUUGAACAUGAAGUAAUCUGUGCUGUAGCUAGGGCAGGGUGA